UCUCCAUAAAAGGGGAGGUUUGGCGUUUUACGACCAAACAGUUGAACGGCUUGUUUUGACGAAGACUGGCAGGUUUUGGCAUUGUCGUUUUUGUGUCACUUGUUAUUAUCUAGCCCAGUGUCGAUGUUUUGCGUUACAUGAGCUGUUAGUCCGCUGCUAGCUGAUGUUUUGAACCGAUUAAACUACAUUAACAUUAGCUGACAGCUAAGCUGCGCAGAAGCCGCUGAUAGCAGGUCGACAGUAGGUCACGAGUGUAACUGUAUAGCUUAGCGUCUUUCUAAUAGCCCUUCGUUUAAAUGAGACAGCGUUAAUAUCGUGUUUAUAACUUGCACGAAUGACAUUUCAAGAAACCGCAACCACCCUUCUUUGACCAGCUGCUCCUCCUCCCCUUCCUGUUUGUGUAUUUGCUCUGCUUGUUGACAGUAGUUGUUGCUUCUAUUUCUAAACAACUAUGUGAGAAGUACUUCGAAAUAUGUCAGUACCAGGCAGAUAAGAGUGAUGAAACCUGAAUAUCAGUGUCGUGCAAUGGCUGAGGAUGGAGAGGGAGAAGAGGGAGGACGCUUCGGCUCCACAGGCCGCCCGAGCCGACAGACCUACAGAAGUUCAGCCCAUUCCCGCAGCCUGCUGGAGGGCCUGCUGGCUCUCAGACAAAGUGGCAUCCUGUUUGAUGUGGUGCUGCUGGUGGAGGGUCGACCUAUUCAAGCCCACCGUAUACUUCUGGCAGCCUCCUGCGAUUACUUUAGGGGGAUGUUUGCUGGAGGCCUUCGGGAGACACAGCAAAAUGAGAUCGCAAUUCAUGGAGUAUCCUACAUGGCCAUGAAAAAAAUACUCGACUACAUCUACACGUCAGAGAUUGAGCUGGACCUGGACUGUGUGCAUGAAGUCCUGAUAGCUGCCACACUGGUUCAGAUUGAGAAUGUCAUCGGCUUCUGCUGUGAUUUCCUCUUCUCCUGGCUGGACGAGAGCAACAUUUUAGAGGUGCACCAUCUCGCUGAUCUUUACGCUCUGCAGCAGCUUAAAGCCAGGCUGCACUCCUACAUCCUAAGGAACAUCCAGACUUUGUCUCGAGCCGACGUGUACCGACAGCUCCCCCAAGAUGAAAUAUUCAAAGCACUGAGCAGUAACGAGCUUCAGGUGAACAGUGAGAAUGAGGUGUACGAGGCAGCGCUUCACUACCACUACAGUCCAGAGCAGGUGGAAACUGACCAGGUGUACUUGCAGGUCAGUCUGAAGGACAAUCUCAAGAUGCUUGAGGCUGUACGUUUCUGCCUGAUUGAGAAACAAGUAUUGCAGAGGUUGUACGGGAAACUGAGCCAGUGUCCACUGAAGGAUUGCGUCUCUGAUGCCCUGCGUUACCAUGAGCAGGAGAUCUGGCAGCCCGUCCUGCAGAGCCCUCUCACCCAGCCGAGGUCCACCUUCCACUGUAUCUUGGGCUUUGGGGGGAUGUUCACCUCAUAUACAGACAACGAGUACUUGUUUCAGGUGUUCCACCCAAGCUGGGGGGAGUGGAGGACUCUCACUGCAGCUCACUCACCACGAAUGUCCAACCAGGGCAUCGCCGUGGUUAACAACUUUGUCUAUCUUAUUGGGGGAGACAAGAACACCAGUGGGUUUCUUGCUGAAACCCGCUGCUGGAGAUACGACCCUCGUCACAACAGCUGGAAGACUAUCCAGCCUCUCCAGCAGCAGCAUGCUGACCAUUGUGUUUGCGUGGCGGGUGGCCAUAUAUAUGCCAUAGGAGGGCGAGACUACAGCAGUGAGCUGGACUGUGUGGAGCGCUACGACCCAAAAACAAACAAAUGGGAAUUCGUGUCACCCCUCAAAAGAGAGGUUUAUGCCCAUGCUGGAGCAGUGGUGGAUGGGAAAAUUUAUAUAACAUGUGGGCGCAGAGGAUUGGCGUACCUCAAAGAAACCUACUGUUUCGACCCAGCGGCCAACCACUGGACAGGGUGUGCAGAAGGGCCAGUGGGGCGGGCGUGGCACGGCAUGGCUUCUGUUAAUGGACGAGCUUAUGUCAUUGGGGGAAGCAAUGAUGACUAUGGAUACCGGCGUGAUGUCCUGAAGGUGGCAUGCUUCGACCCCGCAGCCAACUCUUGGUCUUUAUUGAGCCCUCUCCCCGAUGGACAUGGGGAACCUGGUGUGGCUGUACUUGACAGUCGCAUCUACAUACUAGGCGGGCGCUCUCACGACAAAGGCAGCAGGAUGAAAUAUGUUCACGUGUUCAACACCGACACAGAUGAGUGGGAGAACGGGACAGACUUUAAAGAGCAUGUCUCCGGUCUGGCAGCCUGCGUUGUGCUCAUGCCUCCUGCUGUGAUGGCACAGGCCAGGAGCUGGGAGCAGCGCUCCAAGGCUUCAUGGGAAGACUUGGACAUUGAUAACUCAGAGGACUUGAGUGAGGACUAAUCUGCAGAGAAUUAAGUGAAUCUAUAUAGUAUGAGCACUGGUGACUGUCAUGCACUUUUCUUAUUCAGUAUGUUGAAUCCGAAGUACUUUAAGGAUACUUUUGUGGCAGUGGUUAGGGCAGCAUUGUGUCCUUCAUGCAUGUUAACCACUUUGAGUGCCUCUGAACCAAAGUGUCAUUUAGGACCUUUGCGCACUUUUUGUUAGUUCUCAGAUAUUUUCUUAGAUAAUCACGUUACAUCCACAAAAUCUUUACCUGCCUAAAUGUUAAUGCUACUGUUUGUUGGUGAUCCCUCAUUAUUUUCUGCAGAGAGACCCUUUAUAUCUUUAAGUGAAAUUAAGCAGUGAAGACUACUGGCUAUGCAAUAACAGGGAAAUAUAGACAACUCUCAGCUGCCCAUAGUUUUUUUUUUUUUUGACGUGGUUACUACUGCAUUACUGGCAGCUAGGGUUAGGGAGAGUUUUCGCCCCAAUAGAUUAAACAGCUAAAUUGUCAAUUUCUGAGAUUAAAGACUACUGUUGACUUUUCUCCCACCUGGCAGUGACUAAUUAAUGCCAGGAAGUACAUGGGAGGCAUCAUCACAUCUGCUUUACAGAGUCAUCAUUCAAUUUUAACAUUGUGCCUCGUUUCUCUGGCUACUUCCUGAACUUAUGUGGUGUGGUGUGCUUUUUAUUAGCCUUUGGUUUUGUGCCUCUGAUAUCACAAAUUGUUUGGUAAAACUUUGUUGAACUGAUUUGUGUUCGUACCUGAAUGAUGAGGCACUGGUGCUAAAGGUUGUAGACCUCAAAUCACAAUGUGUUGCCAUGUCUGUAAGUCAAGUAGCAUCAUGUCUCCAUGUUUGUGUGAUGAUAAGCUAACCAUUAUGAUUUUUUUUUUGUCGUUGUUGUGUCCUUUCAUUUAACUGUAACUUUUUCGAACUGUGUAAGUUAGUCCAUGAUAAGAUCCAAAGAGCACAAUGAAGAGUAGUUUUAGAAUAUUUUGGUUCUGCUUUGCUCUGUACUUCUGUUUGUUUCCUCCGUUCACGGUUACGCUGUCCAGUUUAAUGACUCCUGCUUCACUAUGCAUCCUUUAUGUCUCUGUGGUUGAAACUUUUCAGGAACAAAAUCUGUUGUAGAAUUUGAAUUCUUUCCCAUAUUAUGUUGUAUGUAUGGUAUUGAUGUAUUAGGACACACUGUUAGACCAGAUAUGCAAAUUUAGUGUCCUAUUCAUAAGGUAAGUUCUCAAAUUUAAUAAAAUUGGUAAUACAUGCUUUUGUUGUGUGUGUGUGUUAGUUGCGAUCACAGAAAUCUAUCA